AUGUCCGCCAAUGACCGUCGCGCCAGCUACAUGAGCGCUCCGCGACCCCGCGUUGUGUCUAAUCGCGUCGAUGCGGACAGGCCCAGUCGCGGCGCCGCUUCGCCGCUGCAACCCGACAACAUGGACCCUUCGCGUACGAGCACGUCGAGCCAGAAGCAGAGGUCAUCCCGAGAGCCGAAGAGCAUGACCGAAAAGCGGACAGAGCGUACUGUGAUCACAGAAAGGGAAAAGGCGGUGCGGAGAAUCCCCGUCAAGGCAUCCUCCAGUGCUGGCAAUCGCGGAGAAUGGGACAAGCCGAGAACCAAGAAGACCAGUAUGGCCGAUGGCACGAGCCCAAUUGGGAAAAUAAGGGAACAGGAGGCGUCUAACACGCCAUGGGAUCCUCACGCAUCUCUAAUCCCUCAUUCAACUGCUCCCCUCGCUUGUCGUGUAUCGGUUCCUCCGUUGGCUUCAGCGGCUCCGCAGUCCCUCUGUCCCCGGCCAUUGCGAGGCCUUUCGCCUGACGCCCAGGAGACCGCGAUCCUAGAAGACCUGUUGUUCGUGUUUAUGGGCUUCGAGGGCCAGUACAUCCACUAUCACAGUUCGCAUGACCCGUCCGCCGAGAAAGACCGCCUAACUGGCCCAGUCUUUCAAAUCGCGGCGGGCUUGGAUCCAACCUUGCGCGAUCUCACCCAGUCCAUGCUCAAGAUGGCAACACAUUACAGCGCUAUGGAGGCAUUUGUAGAAGUUCAGAGUCGUGCCGACUUUGGGGCUGUUUGCCACGCACUCUGCGCAUCCAUUCGCAAGCUUCUCAAGGACUACCUGAUUCUGAUCGCUCAACUGGAAGGCCAACUGCUGAACAACCCUACCUUUACCCUGCACCAACUUCACCUCCAUACGAUGCCCACUAGCCAAUGUUUGGCCCAGCUGUAUUCUCUCGGACAAGAGCUCCUGAAACGCAAUGGACUGCUGGAUUCAGAAGAUCUUGACGAAACCAUCGAGGAUUUCGACGAUGUUGAUAAUAUUCUCGAGCAACUCAAGGAAGGUGGGGAUCUCGUCCCCGGCUCGAGCAAGAAAUUUUGCAAAGGUGGCAAUGUCCUGAGGCUACUGACGGAGCGCCUUGCUACCUUCUCGGGCGAUCCAUCUACCAAAAUCCUCAUUCAGACGUUGUUGCGCGAUGCCAGUCGACCAUAUAUGAACAUGCUGAACGAGUGGCUGCACCAUGGUGGCAUCAAAGACCCCCACGCGGAGUUCCUCGUGAAAGAACAAAAAUGGAUCAAACGGGAAAAGCUAGAGGAAGACUACACCGAUGAAUACUGGGAAAAGCGGUAUACGAUCCGCGAGGACGAAAUUCCGCCUCAGCUCGAAGGGGUCAAGGACAGGGUUCUUCUAGCCGGCAAGUACCUCAAUGUGGUACGAGAAUGUGGUGGUGUCGAUGUUAGCAAAGCUGUCAGGGAUGUCCCAAAGACCCUCGACGAUCCGCGUUUUCUAGAAAACGUCAAUGCUGCUUAUACCUACGCCAAUGCCUCCCUUUUGAACCUCCUCCUAACGAAAAACUCCCUCACGACACGAUUUCGGUCCUUGAAACAUUACUUCUUCCUCGACCGAUCCGAUUUCUUCUCUUAUUUCCUUGAGCUCAGUGCAUCUGAGUUGCGCAAGCCGGCACGGGUUGUGAAUGAGGGCAAGCUCCAGUCGCUGCUGGAUCUUGUGCUUCGUCAACCCGGCAGCAUUGCCGCACAGGAUCCGUUCAAAGAGGAUGUUAAGGUGCGAAUGAACAAAAUUGGCCUCACGAAGUGGUUGAUGCAGGUGGUGAGUGUUUCGGGCAUUGACCAAGACCACCCGGAAGCCGCAUUUGAAAAGCAGCAAGCGUCAUCUGCUCAGGCGGCCGACGAUGAUAAGGACAUUGUCGGGUUUGACGCCCUGGAGCUGGACUACUCAGUGCCAUUCCCACUUUCCCUUGUCAUCAGCCGCAAGACUGUGCUGCGGUACCAAUUGAUUUUCCGCCACCUGCUAUCCCUGCGCCACCUGGAGACGCUGCUGGUCACGUCCUGGGCCGACCAAAACAAGGUGGCCAACUGGCGACACAAGCCGUCAGAUCGAAGGCUGGAGUUGUGGAAACGGCGCGCGUGGAACUUGCGUGCCAAGAUGCUAGUCUUUGUUCAACAUCUGUUGUAUUUCUGCACGGCGGAAGUGAUCGAGCCUAACUGGGUGGGAUUGAUGGACCGAGUGAACGGAGCCGAUGCGAAUGGGUCUGAGGUGACCGUGAAUGGGACGAAGCAGGUCAAUCGGACCGUUGACGAGCUGAUGCAGGACCACGUGGAUUUCUUGGAUACUUGUCUCAAGGAAUGCAUGCUCACCCAGGCCAAGUUAUUGAAAAUCCAUUCCAAGCUCAUGACUUGUUGUACCAUGUUUGCAUUGUGGACUGCAGCAUCACUCUCGCGAGCGCUGGCUUCGGCCGACCCUGACCUGUCUGGAGACAAAGCUGCCGGUGCCGACGCCCGAGGGUACGAUCCCUCUCGCAUUGGGAAGCUGGAAGACACCCUCAAGCGAUACGAAGAUCAUUUCAACCGCCACUUACGAAUUCUGAUGGACAGUCUCAACUACUUUGCCGCGACCGAGAGCGUGGUCUUGUUGAAACUAGCCCACUCCCUGAGCUCCAUCAGCAAAGAAGACUGA